AUGGGGAAUAACUGUUCCUCUUCCACCUCAGUUUCCCUCUCCCUCUCCUUCCCCAAUACCGUCUGCUGUUCUCCCGCCACUCUCCUUCCCCAUUAUUCAAAGCCGAGGAGCUUCUUCCCUUUCUUCAAUCAUACUUGUAAAACUCCGUUUCGAGGCUACCUGCGGAAAUCCCACGAAAUUACGAAGAUUGAAUCCUCCUCGUUUUCAUCAUCUUCUUCUUCCUUUGUAAGUCUGAAUUCUGGGAAGGUUGAAGAGGAGAAAACCCUAGAUGAGAGUUCUACAAAAUCCAUGAUAUCUGAUCUUCGUGAUAUCAAUACGGAGUUGUUUCAACAGCUGGUAUAUGACGCUGUGGUUUGGAGUUCUCUUCAUGGGCUUGUUGUAGGAGACAAAAGCGUUCAGAGGUCAGGAAUAGUUCCUGGCGUGGGUCUCGUACACGCUCCGUUUGCUUUAUUGCCUACGUUCUUCCCUCAAACUUAUUGGCAACAAGCGUGCGAGUUAGCCCCCCUUUUCAAUGAGCUUGUUGAUCGUGUGAGUUUGGAUGGAAAGUUUUUACAGGAAUCAUUGUCCAGAACGAAGAAAGUGGACACUUUCACUGGUAGACUGUUAGAUAUUCAUUCCAAAAUGCUAGAAAUUAACAAAAAGGAGGAAAUACGUCUCGGUUUACAUCGUUCAGAUUAUAUGCUUGAUGCUCAGACUGAAUUACUUCUCCAAAUAGAGCUUAAUACUGUUUCAGCUUCUUUUGCCGGCCUUGGUUGUGUUGUCAACGAUCUACACAGGAAUUUACUCAACCACCAUGGAAAGAAACUUGGAUUGGAUCCCUCAAGGGUUCCCGGAAACAAUUCAGUCAGUGGAUUUGCUGAGGCAUUAGCUAAAGCUUGGAACGAGUACAAUAACUCUAGGGCUGUGGUUAUGGUUGUGGUUCAAACUGAAGAACGCAACAUGUAUGAUCAACACUGGCUUUCUACCAUUUUGAAGGAGAGACAUUCCGUGACUGCCAUUCGUAAAACAAUGGCAGAAAUAGAUGCAGAGGGGGAGCUUCAACCAGAUGGAACACUUCUUGUUGGUGGCCAACCAGUUGCGGUCAUCUAUUUCAGAGCCGGGUAUGCACCUAGUGAUUAUCCUUCAGAAUCAGAAUGGAGAGCCAGACUGUUAAUGGAGCAGUCCUCUGCAAUCAAGUGCCCAUCUAUUUCCUACCAUUUAGCAGGAACCAAGAAAAUUCAGCAAGAGCUGGCAAAACCCAAUGUACUUGAAAGGUUUCUCGAGAACAAGGACGAUAUUGCCAAACUACGCAAAUGCUUUGCAGGGUUAUGGAGUAUGGAUUAUUCUGAUGUUAUAAAAAGUGCCAUUGAAAAGCCUGAUUUGUUUGUGCUCAAACCUCAACGAGAAGGCGGAGGUAACAACAUCUAUGGUGAAAAUUUGAGAGAAACUCUGCUGAAAUUGGAGAAUGAAGGGAGUGAAGAACGUGAUGCUUACAUCCUUAUGCAAAGGAUUUUCCCCACUGAUUCUCCUUCAUUUCUGGUGCGAGAUGGUGUUUGUCACCAAGAGCAUGCCAUAUCAGAACUUGGGAUAUAUAGUGCUUAUCUAAGGAGCAAAAGUAAAAUCAUAAUAAAUGAUCACUGUGGUUACCUGAUGCGAACAAAAGUUACAUCAUCAAAUGAAGGUGGAGUUGCUGCUGGAUUUGCAGUCUUGGAUAGUAUAUAUUUGACAUGAUUGAAC